CAUUUAGUGACGUCCUAUUAGAACCAUCACGUACUUCAAACGUAAACCAAAGAGGAACAUUAAUAACGUCUACCAAUAGCAGCUUGUAGAGCUCCAACUGAAAGAAUCUAGACUUCCUAUUGUGCUACUUCCUCAAUCACAUUAUUGGAUAGAGUACCUACUGAUAAAUAUUCAAAUACAUAAACACCGACGUGGCACUUAAACGAAUCGAAAGUUGUCGAAGCGUAAUUCUGAGUCACUUGAAGCAGUGAACGGCAUCAUUUCAAAGAGGGCGAAACAUGCUGCUCAUUUUCGUCAUCAUUUUGGCUUCAGCCGCAAUACAAGGUAUAACCGCAGAAAGAAAGGUGGAUAUACGAUUUUUUGACAGAAGUUACACCGCUAACCAAGAGGAAAUAGAGAGAAAAUUAAGCAGAGCAGCCCUGAUCGAGCGGGGUUACAGUAAAACAACAUCUACCCAAACAGACGAAGGAUUACUUCAUCUCAUCGUCCGCUAUAGGAAAAUCGUCCCCUGCCACAAUAUCACAAAAGUCGAAGAAGAAUUACGUAGAAGUAUGCCUGGUAUCUGGGGACAAGAUGUUUCAGACCAAGUUCGAAAAGAAGCCCUAAUGAAAAAAUGGAAAAAUCAACAAUGUACCGCCGGAAUUGAAAUUCAUGUUCCCAAAAAUGCUUGUCAACAGAAAAAGAAAGUUGUAAAGCGUGGAAUUAAGCUACAUUGUGAAAACCCCGAUUGCUUUUUUUGCUUCCGAGUUUCGUCAAUAAGUCAGUAAACCGGCCGUUAAAUUGUAAUUUUAGCAUUAGCUGACACUUAAACUUCAACUGAUUUUUGACUAGUUUGAAAAUUACAUCGAUUUUUAAAAACAUAAUAGUAUUGUAGCAGAUCAGUGACAAUUGUCAACUAGUCAUUUAGAAGCUUCAAAUGUAAAACUGAAAAAUGUAAUCAUUAAUUAGAUCUAUUUGCCAAGCACACGCUGAGUCAAAACUGUGAAGACAAGGCAGGCAACUAAGCUCCUGAUAUGGACAAUAAAGGCUAUUUUGCAUCAAA